AACGCCAAAAAAUUCUGGAUUAAAUUCUUUAAUGGCGAAAAUGAUAUUAUAUCAUAAGAAAAAAUUACUGAAGCGUUAUAUGGAACAAGAAGAAGAAGAUCCCAGCCAUAAAUUACCUAUCCUCGAACCCAUCAAUUCUAUUUUCCAUCACAACUCUUCCGCCCCAGCUCCACGCAUCUCUUCGGACGAUUCACGCGAUGCCCAUUCUUACCUUGUAUCCUUAUUAAGGACGGAUAAAAGCGGCUUGAGUAACAACGCUGGAGGGCCGGGCGUAAAUGGAAGUGGAGGGGAUUCUUUUCUCGCUGGAGCUCAGAGGCUUUUCCCAUCGGUUUCAGAUUAUUCUACACUCGCUUUCUUAGCGUCCCUACCACCAAGCCCGGCUGACAGCGGUGUUUCCGACGUUGAAAACGGUAGUCAUUCUAGCUUUCCCGCCUUUGAAGAUUACAAAAACAUCCCCAAAAAUGCUUACUAUAACAAUUUUCACAAACAGUUUUACUUCAACAAACAUCCCUACCAUCCAAAUAAUAAUUCGCUGGGGAUCCCAAAAAAGGAGACAAUCGCGAAUGAGUCAUUUUUCAGAGUUCCCACUGUUUCGACCAACCCCUUCGCUGAUCCCAUUCCUCAUAUUACUCAUCAUCUCGAUUUAACAGCUCAGGGUAGUGGCAGAAAUGAACUGGGGGUAGAGGAAAUGAUGGAUGGGCUAAGGAGCCGGCUUGAACCCUCGCAAUCACAGAUUAAUAAUAAUACGUCAUUUCCCCAUCAUCACCUGGAAAAUACUAGCGCGUUUUACCAAAGGGUAGAGUCAGUUUAUGAAACCGGUAUCCGUUCUGUUUAUGAAACAACUAUUCGGGACCGAUAUCGUUACAAUCAUCACUAUCCCCGUUAUAAUGGUUCUAGCAGCGGCAGCGGCAAUGGUUACUGCGAAUCCCAAAACUACGCGCUCGAUUACGAUUUUAAAAGUAGCGAUCCAAAUUUUGCGUUCAUCAAAAAAAGAGGCCGCAAACCUAAAAAUUUUUGUCAGCACAAAUCACCCGAACACGCUAUAUCUAAACGUAAAGGAACAACGACAUAUCUCUGGGAAUUUUUGUUAAAAUUGCUUCAAGACGAAAAUUCAUGCCCUAGGUUUAUCAAAUGGACUGAUAGAGGGAAGGGAAUCUUUAAGUUGGUCGAUUCUAAAGCGGUUUCGAAAUUAUGGGGUGGACACAAGAACAAACCAGAUAUGAAUUACGAAACGAUGGGUAGGGCGCUAAGAUACUACUACCAACGCGGUAUUUUAUCCAAAGUGGAUGGUCAACGAUUAGUUUACCAAUUCGUUAAGGUGCCUCAGGACAUAGUAGAAAUUAAAUGCACCUGAAAGAUAUAUCAUAUAACUAACUAUUCGAAUUAGUUUAUUUUUUUUAUAAAAAAUUUCCCCCGGGUCAAAUAAUAAGUUUUAUACCAGUGAUUACUUUUAUAAAUUUAGAUAUUAAUUGUU